AUGUACGACCUCCCCGACCUCGACCGCUUUGUUGAAGUUCGCCCCGGACUCUACCGCUGCACCAUUAUCUGGCCCGUCGCCGCUGGAGUCGAAGUUCCAGUCUCCACCUUCCUGGUCAAGGGCGACAUUCCCCACGACUGGGUCUUGAUCGACUCUGGCGCGCCCAUGCAGGUUGAUACCCUCCUCAAGGCCAUCGAUCAGGUCCUGACCCACGAGAAGGACUCCAUCCGGUACAUUUGUAUCACUCACGCCCACAUCGACCACACCGGUGCUGCCUCCGCCCUUCUGGAAAAGUACCCCAGCUCCAAGGUCGUUAUCCAUGAAGACGAGAAGCCCUUCAUCUGCGAUGGAAAGAGUUUCCGCUCCAUCACAUCCGACACCUGGACUUUUACCCUCCUCAAGCACUUCUCUCACGAGUCCAAUGUCAAGUUGCCUCAUGACCGCACCCUCGCACUUCGCGAUGGAGACAAAUGGGAGUUUGAGCAUGUCCUCAGAUUAGUUGAGACUCAGGGACACACUCCAGGGUCGGUUUCGUACUUGCACAUCCCCUCCCGAUCGAUCAUGGUGGGUGACGCCAUUAUGAACAUUGCAGCCUUCCCAAUUCUAUCGAAGAUCCCUUGCAUUUCUGGACCCAUGGCCAUGUCGACCUGUCACUGGGGCAAUGCCAUGAAAGCCAUUGAGAAGAUUACGACUCUGAAGGACGAUGUCGACACUGUCUUCCCUGCCCAUGAUUACAACACCGAUGGCAUCCAUAUCCAGAAGGUUCACGAGUUCCACUUCCCACCCUCCAACCUUUGA